GGUCCGUACGUACGUACUACCGGCCUCCGUAGUCGUUGCCGUACCACGAGUACGAGUACGUACCGGUACUUACCGAUAUGUUGAAGGAUUGCCGAGAACCUCCACAAGAAGAGGCAUCUGUUUUGGUGAAAGAUCCCGAAAAAACGAUCCUCUACUGCCACAACGACCGAAACGAGGGAAACGCUCUGUGAGCCCCAAAACUAAAACCAAAAAAGGCAAACCAAACCAAACCAAACCAAAUCCAAUCAGAAUCAAGACCACCAUGGCGAGACCUAAGAGAACGGUCGGACGGGCCACGGCGGGAUUCAUCGCCGCGGUGUUUCUAUCGGGUGCCGGAAGCCUGCGGCACGCCAGCGCGUUCGUCGGCCCCACCCAUCGGCCGGUGGCGGCGACCCCGAGGCACAUGUUCGACUUCUUCAAGAAGGACGAUCCGGAGCCCUCCCCGGACCCGAGCGGCGCCUCGCCUUCCGAAGACGAGGAGCCAGACGACUUUUCCGACGACCCCGUCGACAAGAUCUUCUCCGUCUUCUUUGGCAAGAAGGAGGCGACCCCCAUGGGAAUGAAGCGCUUCGGCCGGGAGCGGUUUCCGGAGCAGUACCCGGCGGUCCUCGACGAGUGGGCGGAGCCGGUCGCUUCCGAUGACAAGGACAUGGCGGUCCUCCGGCCGAUGCUGAAAAACACCAACCUCGAAACCCGCGGCCUGAAGCUGACCUACUCGGCCAACCGGGACGGCUGGGACCCCGUCUCCUUCCACCGAAAGGUGGACAAACUCGGCGGGGGCCUGGUGGUCUGCACCACGGAAGACGGCCUCGUCUGCGGGGGCUACAACCCCAAGGGAUGGGUCGGCUACGGGGAGGCCCGGGGGUCGAUCGCGGCGUUUCUGUACGUCUUUACGAAGGGGACGUCGGAGCUCCCGACCAAGCUGCGAAAGGUCGGGGGCCCGAGCCUCGCGCAGCAGGACCUGCCAGGUACGAACGAGCGAGAGCGAGCAAGUGCACGAGAGAGCGGGCUGCGCCCGUGGGGGGGAAGCCCGCGCCAAGAAUCGUCGCGUCUGUUGUUGCCCGCUCACCGUCCCUUGUUUUCUGUUUGUGCGGCUGUGCUUUUGUUACUGGCAUUGCUGUGCCGCCCGUUCCCCGAACACUUUGUUUCACGCAGAGACCGGCCCCUCGUUCGGGGCCGACAGCCUCGUGAUCCCCCUGGAAAAGUCCAGCCCGAGGGUGGCGAGGAGCAAGCUCGGGAGCUACUACGAACGAUUCCCCGGGGGCGGAAACACGCUGUUUGGAAAACGCGGGUCGAGCGUCCGAUUGAAGGAUUUGAAGGUAUACCACGGCGUUUACGCGGAAGGAGAAUACAUUCCCUUUACGGAUGCCGAACCGUUUGCAUUAUAUUAAGAAAAAAACUAGCUUUGCCCG